AUGAGGCGCCGUUACGCAUCAGAAGAUGACGAUGAACCAAUAUCAAUGUGGAAGAUUGGUCUUGUAAUAGCAGUAAUUCUGCUAUGUUUCGCCAUGUUAUAUCCCACAUUGUUUCGGCCGUUGUUCUCCUCAUUCUUCAAUCCUACGCCACCACCAGCUCAACAUAAACCGGCAAAUCGACCACCGAUACAUCCGUCGAUGGGUGGUGCACGACCUCAUCCGGAAAUACAUCCCGGAAUGCGUAUGACAGGAAGUCAAACGCAGUCACCUACAGGUACCUCAGGCUCAAAAGGUAUGCUCACUUGGUUUCUACCAAUCUAUACCAUUGGUGUAGUCACAUUUUUGCUCUACACACUGUUCAAGUCAAAAAAGAAGAAACGGCGAAGGCGACACAUAUAUUCGUCAGAUGAAAGUGAAUCGGAAACUGAAGAGCUUAGUCGUUAUGAUUCCGGUAGCAUUAAAUUAGGGAAAAAGAAGCUUCAAAGUCUCCAAGAAAGACUGAAUCAAACAGAAAUGGCAAUGGAAAAAAUUCUGCAACAACUAGGUGCAAUCACUAGUGAACAACAUCAACAACAGUUGGAGUAUCAGAACCAGCAGUCGCCAACUGAUGCUCAGGAUGUUUCAGGAGAUGGGAAACAAGCAAAGAAAGCUAUAAGAAAUGAAAAAUAUUUGAAAGACCUUGAAAAAGCGCUUAAAGAUUUUAAAAAACUAUCACAGAAACGCAGUAAAAGACGUAGACGAUCAAAGAAACAAGAUGAUUCAUCAACAGCCGACGAAAGUGAAGAUGACGUUUAUGAAGUUAUUGAAGCAGUAGAAAAUGGCCCUAGUAGUGAAUCGGAAGAAGCGGAUAAUGGUGCUGCAGAAUCCAGCAUGCAAAAUGACGACAGUGAUUGCAAUGAAGCCAGUGAAGAGGAGCAGAAAGUUGAGGAACACGAAGGUACAUUAUUGAAACACCGGCAAAAUACUCGAAUAAAAUCUGGCUAG